AUGGCCCCCUCGGUGCUCUACUACUGCCCCUGCGACCACGUCGGGCCAUCCGCGGGGCCCUCGUCGGCGUCAUCCUCCUCCUCCGCGACCACCGCCGCCUCGACCACGGCAGCGGCGACGGCCGCCAGUACCUCAGCUACCACGCUCCAGUUUUCCCUUCAACACCCGCCCAGCGUACCUUCGACCUCAUCCGCAGCCGCUUACGCGUUCCACCCGCUCGAGUCUCUCUACUUUUGCGACGAGUGCGACCAGAUCCGCUGCUCCCGCUGCGUCGCCGUAGACAUUGCCGCCUACUACUGCCCAAACUGCCUCUUCGAGGUGCCACACGCCAGCGUAAAGCAGUCGAGAAACCUAUGCGCUCGCAACUGCUUCCUUUGUCCCUCUUGCACACAUACUCUCUCGGUCGUCGCCACCGACAUCGACGAUGACGAGGCCGCAGGCAUCCCCCUCACCUCGCCAGAUGCCAGCAUGGGCAGGCCUCCCUACUUUCUCCAGUGUCCGUUCUGCCUCUGGGACAGCAAGGGUGUAGGCCUCACCUUUGAAAAGCCCACCGGCCUCGGACGCCAGCUUGACAAGCUCGAACAGAGCGCACCCGACCUCCUCGAGCUCUACCACCUCCGUGACCACUUCGACCCCUUCAUCACCGCCCAGACCGAUGCCGCCCAGGCAGCCGCCGCCCUCGCUCAGGGCAGGCAGGUAUCGGCCGCUGCCGCCGCUGGAAAGUCGGGCUCCGGCUCCUCGUCCUCUGCGGCCGCAAUGGCAGGCACAAAGUCCAGAGCGUCCGGCAACGCCUCCUCGCUCGCUGCCUCGGCAGCGCUGCAAAAGUCAAAGCUGCUCCGCGAUAUACCCCAGCUGGCUUCAGGGCGCUACCUCACCGGCGUGGCAGAGAAGCCGAGACCUCAUCGCAGAGAGGAAAAAGAGGAGCUCAAGCCCUACGACGCCUUCACCAGCUGGACCAGCGGCAGGACGCCCGGCCAGUACAAGGGCGUGCUGGGUAGGAGGGAGGAGUCGCGGUACGACUACCUUGCAUCCUUCGCCGGCUCCGACGCCCGCAUCUCGACGCUGCAGCAACGCUGGACGAGCCCGUGGGACCAGCCGGUGCGCUCCGCCGACCUGCCGCCCACCAGGGUGGCGCUGCGGUGCAAGCAAUCAAAGAGGUGCCCCACUUGCCGCCACAUCAUCAUCAAGCCGGACCUCAAGGCCGAGUCGCGCCGCUUCAAGAUCAAGCUGGUGGCGUUCAACUACGUACCAGAGAUUGAGCUCGAGCUAGCGGCGAUACAGCCGUACCUCCAACCUGCCGGUGCCGGUGGAUCGAGUGUUGUAGGCGCUGCAGGGUCGAGGUUGAGUCGACGGACGAGCAUGCUUGGCAUCUCUUCGGGCAGCAGCAGCCUGCGGCGCAGGCCCAUCAGCAUGCUCGGUGGUGGUGUCGGCGGGGGCAGCGGCAUUGGCGGCGGCGGGAGCGGCUCUGGCUCGUCGCUGAGCACCUCGAGCCUUGGGCACGACCUGGUCGAUGAAGAAGCCCUGCAGGCGGGCAAGACGUACGUGUUUGAGGCGACGUUCACCAACCCGCUCGACGACGCCAUGCGGAUAAAGCUCGGCCUUCCGCGUACGCCGCCUACGCCGCCGGUGCCGCACUCGAGCACGGCAACACCCAUCAUGCCGGAGCUGGAGGCGACGCAAGACGAGCAGAAAGAGCGGGCAAACGAGGCGGCGAUGGCGAGCCGAGCCAACUGGUCCGUCAGCCCUUCGACGACGUCGUUCGGCAUCCACGCCUACAACGAGGUGUGGGACCUUGACGAGGACGAUCUGCUUGGCGACAGCGGGGCGAAGGAGGGAUCAUCAGAGGACGAGGUCGAGGAGGAGGAGGACGACGACGAGCAUGAAGACGAGGAAGAAGACGGCGGGAUGCGAACGCGGCGCAAGAAGAAAUAUUCGUCAUCGUCUGGCAUCGUGCGCCGCAAGGGGCAUACGACGACGAUUGCGUUCGACGUCACGCUGGGCAAGGAGAUCAAAGAGGGGACGGAACUGCAACAUCCCGUGCUCGUGACGUACACACCCCACCCUGAAUCCAGCGGCGGCGGCGGUGGCGGUGACAAGGUGGAAACCGCCGGCAGCCCAUUCACGUUCUGGACCGUCCUGCGAUUCGGCAGGGUGGGGAAGAAGGUGGACGUGGCGGCCAUGAAGAGGGCCACUUUGGAGAAGAGGAGGAGCGUGCUGGGCCUCUCCUCUGCCUCAUCGUCUCCGCUUCCAUCAUCGACGGCGGGCGGAUCGUCCCCUACGAUCCCUGCUAGUGCGGCGAUGGGACCGGGUGGAGAGAGGGCAAGCAGGACCGGAUCGAUGAGAGGGCUGGAGGCCGUGAGGGAAGGCGCGAGGGACAGCGUGCCCGAGGUCGAGGAGGAGUGA